GAGGCGCGCGCAGCCCGGCAUGCUAAUGAGGCGGGGCGCGGCGGCUGGCUAAAAGAGCUGCUGGGCGGCGGCGGCGGGCUCGGAGCUGCCCGGCGGGAGCGGCGUAGGCGCGGGUCACUGGCCAGCGCGAACCGGGACAUGGAGCCGCCCGGCGGGGCCCUGGGGCCCGGCCGCGGGACCCGGGAUAAGAAGAAGGGCCGGAGCCCAGAUGAGCUGCCUGCGGCAGGCAGCGACGGCGGCAAAUCCAAGAAAUUUACUCUGAAGCGGCUCAUGGCAGAUGAGCUGGAGAGAUUCACCAGCAUGAGAAUUAAGAAGGAGAAGGAAAAGCCCAAUUCUGCUCAUAGAAAUUCUUCUGCAUCAUAUGGGGAUGAUCCCACAGCACAGUCAUUGCAAGAUGUUUCAGAUGAACAAGUUCUAGUUCUCUUUGAACAGAUGCUGCUGGAUAUGAACCUGAAUGAGGAAAAGCAGCAACCUUUGAGGGAAAAGGACAUCAUCAUCAAGAGGGAGAUGGUGUCCCAGUACUUGCACACUUCCAAGGCUGGCAUGAGCCAAAAGGAGAGCUCCAAGUCUGCCAUGAUGUACAUUCAGGAGUUGAGGUCAGGCUUGCGGGAUGUGCAUCUGCUCAGCUGCCUGGAGUCCCUUCGUGUGUCUCUCAACAACAACCCUGUCAGGUACUUGAAACCUUUGAAAAGCUAUGAUAGCCGGAACAAGCAUGAGAUCAUUCGCUGCUUGAAAGCUUUUAUGAACAACAAGUUUGGAAUCAAGACCAUGUUGGAGACAGAAGAAGGAAUCCUGCUGCUGGUCAGAGCCAUGGAUCCUGCUGUUCCCAGCAUGAUGAUUGAUGCAGCUAAGCUGCUGUCUGCUCUUUGUAUCCUACCACAGCCAGAGGACAUGAAUGAAAGGGUUUUGGAGGCGAUGACAGAAAGAGCUGAGAUGGAUGAGGUGGAACGUUUCCAGCCACUGUUGGAUGGAUUAAAAAGUGGGACUUCCAUUGCACUCAAGGUGGGAUGCCUACAGCUGAUCAAUGCUCUCAUCACUCCAGCUGAAGAACUUGACUUCCGAGUUCACAUCCGAAGUGAACUGAUGCGCUUGGGGCUACAUCAGGUGUUGCAGGACCUUCGAGAGAUUGAAAAUGAAGAUAUGAGAGUGCAACUAACUGUAUUUGAUGAACAAGGGGAAGAAGAUUCGUAUGACCUGAAGGGAAGGCUGGAUGACAUUCGCAUGGAGAUGGAUGACUUUAGUGAAGUCUUCCAGAUUCUCUUAAACACAGUGAAAGAUUCAAAGGCAGAGCCACACUUCCUGUCUAUCCUGCAGCACCUCCUGUUGGUACGAAAUGACUAUGAGGCCAGACCACAGUACUAUAAGUUGAUUGAAGAAUGUAUUUCCCAGAUAGUUUUGCAUAAGAAUGGGGCCGACCCUGACUUCAAGUGCCGGCACCUUCGGAUUGAUAUUGAGGGAUUGAUUGAUCAAAUGAUUGACAAAACAAAGGUGGAGAAAUCUGAAGCCAAAGCUACAGAGCUGGAAAAAAAGCUGGACUCAGAGUUAACAGCCCGACAUGAGCUACAGGUGGAAAUGAAAAAGAUGGAAAAUGACUUUGAGCAGAAGCUUCAGGAUAUUCAGGGAGAAAAAGAUGCAUUGGAUUCUGAAAAGCAACAAAUUGCCACAGAGAAACAGAACCUGGAAGCAGAGGUGUCCCAGCUCACAGGAGAGGUUGCCAAGCUGUCAAAGGAACUGGAAGAUGCCAAGAAAGAAGUGGCUUCUCUCUCCGCUGCAGUUGUUGCUGUAGCUCCUUCUGUUCCUAAUAGUGCUACUGUUCCCCCUGCCCCUCCUUCACCUGGUGACUCCAGCACUGUUAUUCCACCACCAUCCCCACCUCCUCUUGGUAGAGAUAGUACCAUUCCUCCUCCACCACCUCCCCCUCCUUUGCCUGGAGGUGCUGCCAUCUCUCCACCCCGUGGAGCUACUGCCAUCCCUCCACCCCCUCCUUUGCCUGGAGCUACUGCCAUCCCUCCACCCCCUCCUUUGCCUGGAGCUACUGCCAUCCCUCCACCUCCCCCUUUGCCUGGGAAUGCUGGCAUACCCCCACCUCCCCCUUUGCCUGGGAGUACUGGAAUCCCUCCACCUCCUCCUCCCUUGCCUGGAGGACCAGGAAUGCCACCUCUACCUCCCCCUCUUCCUGGUGGUCCUGGAAUCCCUCCACCACCUCCAUUUCCUGGAGGUCCUGGCAUUCCUCCACCUCCCCUCUUUGGAUUUGGAGUUCCCGCAGCCCCAGUUCUACCAUUUGGAUUAACCCCCAAAAAGCUUUAUAAGCCAGAGGUGCAGCUCCGGAGGCCAAACUGGUCCAAGUUUGUGGCUGAGGACCUCUCCCAGGACUGCUUUUGGACAAAGGUGAAGGAGGACCGCUUUGAGAACAAUGAACUUUUCGCCAAACUUACCCAUACCUUCUCUGCCCAGACCAAGACUUCCAAAGCCAAGAAGGAUCAGGAAGGUGGAGAAGAAAAGAAAUCUGUGCAAAAGAAGAAAGUAAAAGAGUUAAAAGUGUUGGAUUCAAAGACAGCUCAGAAUCUCUCAAUCUUUUUGGGUUCCUUCCGCAUGGCCUAUCAGGAGAUUAAGAACGUCAUCCUGGAGGUGAACGAGGCUGUCCUGACCGAGUCUAUGAUCCAGAACCUCAUUAAGCAGAUGCCCGAGCCAGAGCAGUUAAAAAUGCUUUCUGAACUGAAGGACGAAUACGAUGAUCUGGCUGAGUCAGAGCAGUUUGGCGUGGUGAUGGGAACUGUGCCCCGCCUGCGGCCUCGCCUCAAUGCCAUCCUCUUCAAGUUACAAUUCAGCGAGCAGGUGGAGAAUAUCAAGCCAGAGAUCGUGUCUGUCACUGCCGCAUGUGAGGAGCUGCGCAAGAGUGAGAGCUUUGCCAGCCUCCUAGAGAUUACCUUGCUUGUGGGAAACUACAUGAAUGCUGGCUCCAGGAAUGCUGGUGCUUUUGGCUUCAAUAUCAGCUUCCUCUGCAAGCUUCGAGACACUAAGUCCACAGAUCAGAAGAUGACGUUGUUGCACUUCCUGGCUGAGUUGUGUGAGAAUGACUAUCCUGAUGUCCUCAAGUUUCCAGAUGAGCUUACCCACGUGGAGAAAGCUAGCCGAGUUUCUGCUGAAAACUUGCAAAAGAACCUAGAUCAGAUGAAGAAACAAAUUUCUGAUGUGGAACGUGAUGUUCAGAAUUUCCCAGCUGCCACAGAUGAAAAAGACAAAUUUGUUGAAAAAAUGACUAGCUUUGUGAAGGACGCACAGGAGCAGUACAACAAGCUGCGCAUGAUGCAUUCUAACAUGGAGACCCUCUAUAAGGAUCUGGGUGAUUACUUCCUCUUUGACCCCAAGAAGUUGUCUGUGGAAGAAUUCUUCAUGGAUCUGCACAACUUUAGGAAUAUGUUUUUGCAAGCAGUCAAGGAGAACCAGAAGCGGCGGGAGACAGAAGAAAAGAUGCGUCGAGCAAAACUAGCCAAGGAGAAGGCCGAGAAGGAACGGCUAGAGAAACAGCAGAAGAGAGAGCAACUCAUAGACAUGAAUGCAGAGGGCGAUGAGACAGGUGUGAUGGACAGUCUCCUGGAAGCCCUGCAGUCAGGGGCGGCCUUCCGGCGGAAGAGAGGGCCCCGGCAGGCCAACAGGAAGGCCGGGUGUGCAGUCACAUCUCUGCUAGCUUCGGAGCUGACCAAGGACGAUGCCAUGACUGCUGUUCCUGCCAAGAUGUCCAAGAACAGUGAGGCAGUCCCCGCAAUCCUUGAGGAAGCCAAGGAGUUAGUUGGCCGCGCAAGCUAAGCUGGGUCCUGGGGCCGUGGCAGCUCCUGAAGGGAGCCCCAGGCUGCCCGCCCUACAGCACGUGCCUAAAGGCUCGAGGGGGUAUUCCUCUGGGGUGGCCACUCCCACCACCCUGACCCUGUCUCUCUCUCUGGCCUGCUGCUCUCCGAACAUCACCUACAGCUUCAGCUGCCUGGAGGCCAGAAGGAAAGGGCAGUGUGGGGGAGGCCUGAGCCCAACCCAGCCAGCCCUGGCUGUCGUAUUACCAAAGCAGGGUCCGCGUUUGCUGCCUUAACCCUGUCUCCUCUCUGUUACUCAGAGGGCCUAAUCUCAGAUAAGGCCCGGCCUGCUUCCUCAGCCCCUGACUUUCCAGUGGGCAGUAGGUUUUCCCUUAGGUCAAUCUUGCUGGAUUUGUGCUUUUCUUUUGUGGUUUCUCUGGCCCUGAGAACAGCAUGGGGCUUAUGAACCUUUGGGCUAGAUUCCUCCUUUCACUGCUAUCAUCUCUGCUCUUCCCUUCCCUCUCCUGGCGAUUGUUAUUUAUUACUAGUGCUGUGGCAUUGGGAGCUGCUCCUAGGGACGUGGGGAGCAAAUCCCGCCCUCACUCCACCUUCCUGGGAAAGGCCUGCCAAUACAAAAGGAUCUGGACCACUUACCUGUUCUGCCAUGGCCCAGGCCAGAGCCUGUGGCAGGCAGCUGGGGCAUAGUGACAGUAUGGGACCUGUCCCCGGCCUGCUAACACGCUUUGUGCCCUCUGGACCCUCUGUCCUAGCCCCCAGGCUACCAAUCCAAGGUUCCUCAUGCCUUCCCCAGAGCUUUGGUGCCUCUCGCCUGGACUAUGGGCUGUAUCGUGACCAUCUCAACACCCCACCCUCUGUCUCCAAGGAAAUGGGAGGUGGAGCCUCCUGGCUGAGAAAUUGUUUUGCAAAUGGAUCUAUUUUUGUAUGAA